CAGUACGUAUAGUAAUCACUUACUGUAGUGAUCAAUUCUAAAUGGUCUAUUUUUUGAAAGCAGCCUUUCGCAAAUUUAUCAAGUUCAUGGUCAUCGGUGGACAGAUAUGGAUAUAAAAAUUGAGCAUAAGUUACUAUAUGGUUACUAUGGUAUUAUGGAUUAUAAUAAACAAGGGGGUGAAAGGUUUUCCUUUAGCCUUUUAUAAUUUCUACUUUUCUGCGCAAAUGUUUGUCACUGUAAAAUAUGGAGAUGGCGAAGAACUUUUAUGCAAUCUGGAAUGCAAGACAAAUGUUCUUCUUGAUGAUAUCAGAAGAAGAUGUAGCUAUGGAAAAGAAGUAAUGGUUGACUUAUCUGAUGAAAAUGGAAAUUUGAAGUACUUGAGAGGCCAUCCAGAGUCAUAUGCAACAGAAUUUUUAAAAAAUCGAGAGUCACUUGUACUUGUUAGGGUAAACAAAAACCCAAUCAAUGACACUAUAACCUACAGUCCUUUACUUGAAGAUAUCUUUAUUGUUACAACAUCUUUCAUUGAACGUCUCACCAGCUGUGGUGACCUGGGUACAAAACAAAAUCACACCAAAAAUUCAUCCUUGGCAAACAAUGUGAAGAAACAUCAGGCUGUUUCAAAAGCUAAAAAUUCAUUUCUUGCAAGUGCUAGUAAAUCUCGUGGUCCACCAAACAGACGUUUAAGUAGGAGUCACUCUAAAGAAAGAAAAUCCAGAUGAAAUUUAAUUGCUCGCUAGUGCUCGCAUCUUCCUUUUUCUUUUCUUGGGAGCUAGGCGAUGUAACUAACAGGAACUCAAGAAACGGAUUAGACAAAAUUAUGGCUGCCUGAAUCGAAAGAACUCUUUCUUGAUUUUUUACACCAUCAAAUCUUUCCCAGUAAACGCUGUGCUCCCACAAAUGUUUGGUAAAACACACUUUACCUUUGUAUGAUUUACCUGUAGAAUAAAAGUUGUUAGCAUUUAUGGAGUGGUCUCUUCACUUGAACGCAAUUUUGAAUAUUGCUAAACAAAAAUCACGGUGUAUUUUCAUGAAAUAACGAGGAAAAUAUUAAUCAAAAUGCUGGUAACCAGUAAGCAAUGAAAAUGUUGAUUUGUGUCAAUGUGCCAUGCACAUAUUAUUUAGUGUAUGCUGCUUGAAACACGAUAUAUAAUUAUAGUUGUGUCACUGGUUGGUUUGUGUUCUUCAUUGUGUAAUUUCAUUUCUUUAAAAAUUCUUCAACAUUGUAACUAAAUUGGUAAAAUGACGUUUUGAUCCAUUCGUAAUAAAUUAUAUACAUUUGAAAAAUUUAUUAAACUUGCAAAAGUU